AUGCAUCGUAUUGUCGUACUCUUAACAGUGAUUAUUUUGUCAUCUAUUAACACGACAAUAUCAAAAACUUUUUUCGUGCAAAAUGAUACAGAGGAAAACAAUAGGACAAAGAAAUCACGAUCUUCAUAUACAACGGAUAUUAACUUAUCAUUGUCACCCACCGUAAGCAGUAAUUUGGAAACGAAAUAUUUAGCGGAAAGUGGAUUGGUGCAAAAUUUACUUCACGGUGCUUAUAUGAAUGGUUUUGGUCUACUCGACUUCUUAGAAAGUUUACAGCCAUCACAUUGUUUGCAAGUUUGUUUGGAUGAGGUUGCUAGUAUGUUGGAUCAACCGUUUGCUGGACAAUAUUCUAUUGAUGAAGCUGGCAAUAUUUGUAGCCAUUUCGAUAUAUUCCAGCGGUGCCUUCAUCAUAAUACAAGUUGCAAGGAUGCAUUGCUUGAUGUUACCACAGCAGUCAUCAAUCAUCUCUGUACUUUCAAUCAAGAUGCAUUUGGAGAUAUGUUUCAAUGUCUGUAUGGUCAUUCAGUAGUUAUUUACUUCACCUGUGAUGCUCAAUGCAAGAUAGGAGAAAUUCUUUCUAAGGCAUCAAAGAAGAAAGAUCAUGUAACAAAUAUACACGAUGGAAAUGGGAAUACACUCCUCGAAAUGAUUAAUUUUUAUGAUUUGUGCAGCGCAUCGGCAUGUUUUAUCAAAUGCACUCAGGAUUUGGUUGAGAAGGAAUGUUCAAUUGGUCACUCAACCUUAUUGCAUAAGAUAGUGGCAGCAGUGGUGAAUCAUACGAUAAAAAUGAUGCCAACUACAGCGGUAAAAUCGAGCGAUGCUUACACCUUGCUCGUAUCCUCUAUUUUACCAAAUGAAUGUCGAAGAUUGAAGCUUUUUCCACAGGAUUUGAUAUUUACUACGCCAACGACAGAUUUUAGUGAUGGCUUGGAAUACAAGAGUGCUAACAGCGUUAUAAAACAAAAGACCACUAAUUUUGAAGAAAAUGAUGCUAUCCGAACAAUCCCGAACAGUCAUGCAGAAAAUCAAACAAAUUCAGUUUAUAUGCAAAUAUUACCCUUGAGUGGGCAUCAAAUGAAGUUGCAGUGUCAAAUGAUUGAUCUGGAAACUGGACAACAGGCUACCGUUGCAGAUAUCGCGACAUUAAUGACCACUGAUGCAAGAAAUAUCUUCCAUGGUUUACGAAGUGUGGAGGAUGAUCAGAUCUUAGAGAAUAAUGCAAACUAUGACAAUAGAUCGGCACUACAAGAUCGUAAGACUAUUAGCAGUAAAAGUGAAGUAUAUGCAAAGGCAUCGUCUGACCGCUCAUUUCCGUCAGGUGUUCUCAACCCUCUACUCGUAUUACUUCUCCAAAUCUGUUUACCGAUUAGCACCAUUAUUUGA